CGCGGGCGCACGCGCAAUUGGGAGCCGGGCCUCGAUUCCGAGGUGGUGUGGGCGAGUUGGGUGUUGGUGGACUCGUGUUGGCCCUCGAAAACCCCGCGUAGCCGCUGCAGCCCUCUCCUUCCCUCGCCAUGUUCCUCACUCGGUCUGAGUACGACAGGGGCGUGAAUACUUUUUCUCCUGAAGGAAGAUUAUUUCAAGUGGAAUAUGCCAUUGAAGCUAUCAAGCUUGGUUCUACAGCCAUUGGGAUCCAGACAUCAGAGGGUGUGUGCCUAGCUGUGGAGAAGAGAAUUACCUCCCCACUCAUGGAGCCAAGCAGCAUUGAGAAAAUUGUAGAGAUUGAUGCUCACAUAGGUUGUGCCAUGAGUGGGCUAAUUGCUGAUGCUAAGACUUUAAUUGAUAAAGCCAGAGUGGAGACACAGAACCAUUGGUUCACCUACAAUGAGACAAUGACUGUGGAGAGUGUGACUCAGGCUGUGUCUAAUCUAGCUCUUCAGUUUGGAGAAGAAGAUGCAGAUCCAGGUGCCAUGUCUCGUCCCUUUGGAGUAGCACUGUUAUUUGGAGGAGUUGAUGAGAAAGGACCCCAGCUGUUUCACAUGGACCCAUCUGGGACCUUUGUACAGUGUGAUGCUCGAGCAAUUGGCUCUGCUUCAGAGGGUGCCCAGAGCUCCUUGCAAGAAGUUUACCACAAGUCUAUGACAUUGAAAGAAGCCAUCAAGUCUUCACUCAUCAUCCUCAAACAAGUAAUGGAGGAGAAGCUGAAUGCAACUAAUAUAGAGUUGGCCACGGUGCAGCCCGGCCAGAAUUUCCACAUGUUCACAAAGGAAGAACUUGAAGAGGUUAUCAAGGACAUUUAAAGAAGCAUGAGCCUCAGAACUUCUCUGGGACAAUUUCAGUUCUCCUAAAUGCUUUUAACUUUUAAUUUCAGCUCCUGUUCUUGGAAGAUCUCCAUUAUAUGUGCAUUUUUUUUUAUGAUGUCUGUACAUAAAGGCAGUUCUGAAAUAAAGAAAAAUUUAAAAUUUGUUAAUAGAC